CAGAAAGCGGACAAAUGAUGUGAGGAAAUGUCUCUGCUUCUUCUAAAACAAUAAUGAUUUCGGAGGAGAGAAGCAGCCACGUAAAUAAACAAGCCCUCAACUUUCCAGUGGGUUUACUGAUCCGCUCUCCGAAGAAGCGACUGGCCAAACUGGGGAGGAAACCCAGCAAUGGAUCUGUCCAGUCCAAUAACUCGGAUAUCACCGUCCGCUCCACAGAGAGCGUCGGUGUUCGGCAGCCGGCCAAGAGCAAAAUCCGCCGCCACAACAACAGGCUCUCAACUGUUUUCAACUACAGCCCCAACAGUGGGCGCCGCGGCCAGGUGCCGGGCAGCGGUACCCUGGCCGGUGACCUCCAGGCUGCAGACGACCCGGCAGAGCUAUCCAGUCAAAUGUCUGUCCCCGGCAUCCUGAAGAUCUUUGGCAGCGACAUCUGUCAGGGGACCAACUAUAAGAGCGUGCUGGCCACCACUCAGUCCAGUGCAAAGGAACUGGUGAAGGAGGCCUUGGAGAGGUACUGCCUGGAGAAAGAAGACGCCAACGACUACGUGCUCUGCGAUGUGAUCGGCCAGACGGGCGCAGACAACCAGUGGAAGAGAGAAUGUUUCCGGGUGGUGGGAGGCAACGAGAAGCCCCUCAUGCUGCAGUCACUCUGGAAACCAAAGGAAGGCUUCUCCAGACGUUUCGAAAUCCAGCUGAGAGUGAGCGUUGAAGAGCAGAGUUUAAAGGACAGAGACACCGUCACAGCAGGCAUCAACGCUCAGGCUCGUAAGCUGCAGAAGAGCCGCUCCAGAGUGACCUCGCUGUUUGUGGACGGCAGCGGCGAGGAUGUGGACGGACUCGGGAUCUGGAGGAGUCUGAGCGAGAUGGAUCUGUCUUCGAUGGGGAAGGAGGCCAGCCGGGCCCAACAGAGCGCGCUCAGAGAGGAUCCAGAGGCCGAGGCCGACAAGGAGGUGCUGCGUCUCGGCAUGGAGAAGGAGGAGACAGAAAGCAGCGACGACAACACCACCCAGUACUCCAUUCACCCACCCUUCGAUUUCCCGUACUUCCUCCUGCUGCAGGGCUUCAGCCACCGACAGGAUUUUGUCAUCUACCUGAUGAGUGGAACCACCACCAUCUUUGGCUGCUGCAGGGAGCACUACAACGGAGAAGACGAGGAGAGGUUAAAGGUCGACAUCCUUCUCUUUGCUCCUGAUGUGUUGCCUCAACACUGCUGUGUCAGACGCCUGGACUCAAACAUCCCGACCUCCACAGGGGACCUCAGAAAGACAUUGACAAUGCUGAAACCCCUCCACGGUGCCCCUGUGACCAGAAAUGGUUUACUCCUUAAAGAGGAAGUGGAACUGAAACCGGGGGACUUGGUUGGCUUGGGGAAACACUACCUGUUCAUGUUUAAGGAUCCUACCAGCACAUUAGGAUCCCUGCAAACCCCUCCAUGGAUGACCACGCUCUGCCCGAACUCUGAUGGAAAGACAUCGUCCUCUUGUUCAUCAUGUGGCUCCUCAGUCGCCAUGAAACGGCACCGGAGGAGGCCUUCACCACCUCGUUGGAGGGACCUGGAAGGCACAGAGGCUUUGGUGAGCUAUGAGCUGGAGCAGGAGGAGCGAGUCCUGCAGGAGGUUCUGGAUAUGGUGGAUCCCAGCGGGAAUGAACCAAAGCUGACGCCUGCUUUCCUGCUGAGCCUCUGCAUCCAGCACUCGGCCUCCACGUUCGAGUUGACACACUUCAGACAGCUGCUGCUCCGGAUAGCCGCACAGAUCCAGCUCGUUAUGUGGGAGAAGACAAAGGAACUUGCAGUGAUCCAGCCAGAAACGAGCUCCAGUGACGGACAGCCCGAUCGUCUUCAGCUGCUCAGCAUGGAGGAGCUGAUCCCAGGCCUGCAGCCUCUGCUCCUGUGGAUGGCCAACUCCAUCGAACUGCUGCACUUCAUCCAGCAUGAUGUCCCUCAGCUUCUGCCCUGGAGGCAGGACCAGGAGGACAAAGGUCUGUUGGACUCUGAGAUGUCCUCCACUCGUACAGCUUGUGAGGAAGCCAUGACAGUCCUGGAGGAAAUCAUCAUGUUCACCUUCCAGCAGUCUGUCUACUAUCUAACAAAGAGUAUGUAUUCAGCUUUGCCCGGUCUGCUGGACGGGAACCCGUUCUCAGAGGGCGGUCAGCUGCGUAUUCCCGACGGACUUAGCGGCAUCCUGGAGGUUCUGAAGGAGGCGCUGAAGCUUCUCACAGCCUUCCAGGUCCAUCCGGACAUCUCGUUACAACUCUGUGCCUACCUGCUCUUCUUCAUCAACGCAUCACUGUUCAACGCUCUCAUGGAGAGAGGGUCUGUCCAUGGGUUCUACCAGUGGUCCCGAGGUGUUCAGAUCCGGGCCAACCUGGACCUGCUGAUGGACUGGAUCCAGAGCAUCAGUCUGGGCGAUCUGGCCAACGAAUACCUCCAGAAGCUCUCUGCAGCUGUCAAUCUGCUGGCUACACCCAAAGAAACCCUCCUGCAGGCGUCCUGGUCUUCUCUCAGGACUGAGUUCACUGCCCUGAACGCAGCUCAGCUUCACCACAUGCUGAGGGAAUACAACUCCGGUAAAUCCUCUCCCACCGGAUGGACCCCGUCAGCGGGCGAUGCAGAGGACGCUGUCAGGACGGCCGACAUCCUGGAGAGCUUCGACAGCCACCCGCCGCUCAUCCUGCCUGACAGCACGUUCCACCUGGAGCUGGGUAAACCCGUCGUGGAGCCCGCUCUGUUCGAACAGCUCACUCGUCUGCAGGAGUUCAUUCGCCGACUCCCCCGCAGUGAAACCCAAGCCGAGCCCGAUGUGGAGGAACAGACUCUCAACGGGACGACCGCAGACAGCCAGUCUACGACCAGAGCCCUCCAGGAUCCUGCCCACCAGGUGGUCUCCGACCCGGUUACCUGCCCCUCUCCCGAUGCGGAUCUGGACCGUACCUCCCCUGCAGAGCCAACCCAGGCCAGAGGAUCUCAUGGUGACCUGAGCAGUUGUGAGGCGGUUCUGACCCAGAAGCUGAAGAGCCUGGAGCUGCAGAACACCCUCCCAGGACACGCCGAGAUGGGCUACCACAAGAGCCUGGCUCUGGACCCGUCCUGCCUGCUGACUCCACCCAACACGCCGCAGGGUAUGGAGCUGGCUGAGCUGGAGGCUGAUCUGCAGGAGGGCGCCCGCCAGCAAAAGAAAGCCAGUGGAUGUGCUGACAGGAAGACGGAGAAUGUAGAAGAAGAAGAAGAAGAAGACAGAGAGGAAGUGUUCACUGUGGAGCUCCACAGAGGACCUCAUGGUCUUGGCCUGGCGCUUGUGGAUGGGACGAAAACUCAGCUGAGAAUGAGCGGCAUUUACGUGAAGUCAGUGGUUCCAGAAUCUCCUGCUGCUCAGUGUCAGAAACUGAGAACGGGCGAUCGCAUCCUGGCUGUCAACGGCAUCAGCGUGGUCGGAAUGGAGUAUAACAUAGGCAGAGAACUGAUCCGAUCGUCAGGAGACUCCCUCAGACUGCUGGUGGCCAAAAUCGACUCAAAAAUGAGAAACAAGAGCUCGACUACGACUAAAUGCUGAAGGAAGAGCUGUGUUUGGACAAUCAAGUGCAAUUGGGAAUACUUGGAGGACGUUUGUUUCAUCCUUCCUGCUGCAUCCAAAGUCAGUGCGUGAACACACUUCCUGCUUCUCAUAUCAGACUUAAAUAGAGCUGGUUUGUGUGCGUUGAAACAAUCAACCCAAAGCAGCAGGACUGACUCAAAACUGAGAGCAACGGUCAAGUUUCUAAAAGCUCAUUUUGCUGCCACAGCUUCUUUCUGGCCUAUAAACAAACUCUGCGUCGGGCUCGACUCCACACUCAUAAACCGUGAGGGUUUGGCAGUGAGGAGAGUAGCUGCCUGUGGCAAUUUGUAGUUGUGAAACAUCAAUUUGAAUGUUCACAAGUUCACAGUAUUCGUUCUGACGAGCUUCAUCAAGCUGCUCGUGGAUCAAGAUUCAUGUCUGGCAACAACUGGAAUUUACAAACUCAUAUUCUUUCUGUAACUGGGCAUCAUAUUCAGACAAAUAUAUUUGUUAAUAUUCUGUCUUUUGAGCACAACUUCAAGAAAAUCCCCAAAACAAGGAAAACAACCCUGGGAUCAAGCAGAAUUUACUGGGAGAUAAAAAAAGAAAUUGUACUAUGAAAAAAAACCAAGUUAGACAAUAUAUCUUUUCUUUCUUUGCAUUUUAGCAGUUGGUCAUUUUCAAAGGGCCUUCAGAGCAUCCCACACUGUAAAAUGUCCACUAUUAUAUCCCAUGAAAGAAAAAAAAAAAGUAUUGUUCUGUGACAACGGCAGGUCAAGUGAUGGGUAACAAGAACAUUUAACCUGCAAUUUUUUUAUGCAUUUUAACAAACUGGAGGAUUAAGUUUAUAGCAGCUGUAAUCUUUAUUUUUAUCAUAACAGUGGAUCAGAGUCAUAGUGAUGAACCUACAGAGAAUUAUCACCUCGACUCAACUUUAUUUAUUUUUACAGCGCCUUCCAUACAAACAUGCAGCCAAAAGUGCUGCACUUUAUUAAACAAUUCAGAGAAAAAGCUGUAAAAGCCACUCUACACUACACUACAUAGCAGUUAGAGAUGGGCUGGUGAACAAAGUGGAGCAUUUAGCAGCUAAAGAGACAGAUAUUUCCUUCAGGAGGUGGUGGAGACCAGAAACAGAGCUAAAACAGAGAGAAUAUUGGACUUAAAUUCAGAUGGCACAAAUAAUGAUAAUGUUACUCUGUUACUGUGAGAUGAGUUAAUAAGUUUGAUAACAAGAUCAGAUACAAAACCCUCUGUCUUUUUAUUUCAAUUAAGUUUUGGAGAAAUAUAGUAUUCUCCAUUUUUAAAUGCACAGAAAGAAAAUCUUAAUUUGUCAGCUUGAGUCAGUUGUUUGUACGUUUUGGGUUCUUUUAAUGGAGGGAAAACACUCCAACACACACAAAUAUGUACAGAAUGAUACAUGAUACUGAAAUAAAGGUAUAGUUCAAUAUUUUAUUUAUACUUACAUUUGGAUGAGAAGAUUGAUACCACUUUCACGUCCAUCUGUUAGCUUAGCUUAGCAUAAAGACUGGAAACGGGGAAACAGCUAGCCGUUUUUUUUCAAUGUUUCCAAUGUUCAUGCUAAGCUAAGCUAACCCAUAACUGGCUAUAGCUUCAUAUUUAACUUGCAGACAUUAGACAGAGGUAUCAAUCCACUCAUUUAACUGUCAGCAAGAAAGUAAAUAUUAUUAAACUUCUCCUUUAAAGCCUUACUGUCAGAGGUUUGGGCUAAAAUCAUAAAACAUCUAAAAGUUACUGAUUUGAGAUCAGUUUAUAUGGAAAAACUUCAGCAGACAUGUUUCAAUAUAUUUAACACUGUAGAACGACAAACUGCUGCAACUCUCAUAGGAAAUCUGUCCGUGUUUUCAUCUCAAUUGUUUGUUUUUAAGUUCAAGUAUAUCGACACACAGUAUUAUCCAUAGUAUUUUGUAAUAUUUAUAUGGCGCAGUAUUUUU